AUAGACGAUUAUGCAAAGCCACGCAGCCAGUAAACAAGGUUCACAUUUUUCAGAUUCGAUGGCAUCGACUAUCGCAUAGUCAGGGAAGUGACAAAAAACUGGAAAAUCAAGCACAUAUUACGAGACGAAUGGAGAACUGGCAUAUCGCCGUGGAAAACAAUGUUUGACGAUUUACAGAAUCACACGUCGGACCUAGCAAUGUGUUCGAUUUGGGUGUCCGUUUUUAAGGAUCAAUACGACGUGUCAUCGUAUUACAGUCACGCAUGCAAUACUUUAAUCGUACCGAUGCCGAAACGUUUGAGUGAAAUAACAGCCAUUUAUACAACGUUCAGUGGCGAUGUUUGGCUCACGUUUGCUGUGCUCUUUUUUGCUACAGGACUAUUAUUGUGGAUCAGUGCGAUGAUGGGCAUUGUGAACCGAACUGUGUACGUAGACUUGAGUAGAUCGUUGUUGGAGAUGAUGAAUAUUGCAACAUCGCACGGUGUUGAUGUUCUUCGGGCACAAAAAACUUCGAUCAAAAUUCUGUUGCUGAGCUGGAUAAUUGGCUGCUUAUCGAUCGGUAUAAGUUACGUAACCAUUUAUACUUCUCGCUUGUCAAAGCCUGGCUAUGCAAAGGUUAUCCAUACAGUUGAAGAUUUUAUCGAAAGUGACAUGUGGUGGGGAUCAGAAAAUACGCGAGCAUAUAGUGACAUACAUUCCUCCUUGAAUUCAUCAUCAAACUCAGCACAUCAUGAGCUCGAUCGAAGAAUUGUUGCCUUUGCCAAUCACAACGAUGCUGAAACUGGCUGGAUGAGUGGAAAAUUUGGAAUGUUUGCGGGCAUUUCCGAACAAAAAUAUUUGGUGUUCUACGAAUGGGGUGAUCGACUACAGUUUCUUUCGUCAUAUCGAGUGAUGAAGAAAGCUUGCAUUUUCAACUAUUACACCGUGUUUGCGCUUCAGAAGUUUUCACCGUACAAAGAACUGUUCAGCCAUUAUGCGUUACAGUUUCAGGAGCACGGCAUCACACAGUACUGGUUCAUGACCGUCUAUCGAGAUAAAUCUGGGUUGAACAAAUUUUUUUACGAUCAUCCGAUGGAAAACAACGAACCGGUUGCCCUCAAGGUUUCCAGCAUCAUCGGAGCGCUGUUAGUUCUAUUUGUAAGCCACAUUUUGUCGAUUGUCAUUUUCAUUUGUGAAUUAACUACGAAAACUAUCGUACGAAAUACACAGCACUUCGUGUCUCGCUAA